AUGGAGACAGAGGAAGGCCAGGCCACCGAGGCCAACCCCGAUGCCAACCACUACCCACCAGUGCCGGCCAGGAGGGACUCCUUGAAGGAACGGAUCCAGUACAGCGACCACAACUCCAGAGAGCCCUCCAGUGGCCCCCAGGACGCCUCCCCCUCCAAGCAGCAGCAGCGGCGGGUCUCCACUUCGGGCAACCGCAGCGCCCCCGAGAAGCCCAAGGAGCCCUCCAGCCCGCCCCGUCGCAGGGUCUCCCACCUAACGCAGCUGUUCCGCGGAUGGCUGAGCCAAGGGAUAAAGCGGACGGAGGCGCGGCGGGACUCCUUCCUGGAGCGCUUCUGGGGCCCCCACCCGCAGGGCUUGUCGGCCGAGAGCGGGGAGGGCCUCCCGCGGACGGAGCAGGAGGGCCGGAAGAAGGCGGCCGUGCUGGACCCCGCCGGGAAGCGGUACUACCGCUGGCUCCUCGUCGUCACCUUCCCCAUCCUCUACAACUGGACCGCGCUCAUUGCCCGCGCCUGCUUCAAUGAGCUCCAGAGGCGGUACCUGCGCUGGUGGUUGGUCCUCGACUACCUGUCCGAUUUCAUCUACCUGGCUGACAUGGUCAUCCAGAUGCGCACAGGCUUCCUGGAGCAGGGCUUGCUGGUGAAGGACGGCAAGCGGCUGUGGGAACACUAUGUGGCCUCAUGGCAGUUCAAGCUAGACGUGCUUUCGCUGAUGCCUACAGACCUGGGCUACCUGGCGGUUGGGGUGCAUUACCCAGCACUGCGCCUCAACCGCUUGCUGCGCAUCUUGCGGAUGUUUGAGUUCUUCGACCGGACGGAGACACGGACCAACCUGCCCAACCUCUUCCGCAUUGCCAACAUGGUGCUGUACAUUCUGGUGAUCAUCCACUGGAACGCCUGCUUCUACUAUGCCAUCUCCAAGGGCAUUGGCUUUGGGGAGGACACCUGGGUGUACCCCAACAUCUCAGACCCAGAGUACGGCUACCUGGCCCGUGAGUACAUCUACUGCCUGUACUGGUCUACGCUGACGCUGACGACUAUUGGGGAGACCCCACCACCGGUACGUGAUGUGGAGUACAUCUUUGUUAUUUUCGACUUCCUCAUCGGCGUGCUCAUCUUUGCCUCCAUCGUGGGUAAUGUGAGCUCCAUCAUCUCCAACACGACUGCCGCACGAACCGAGUUUCAGGCCAAAGUGGAUGCCGUGAAACACUACCUUCACUUCCGCAACGUAGACAAGGAGCUGGAGAUCAAAGUCAUCCGCUGGUUCGACUACCUGUGGACUCACAAGAAGGCAGCUGAUGAGGCGGAUGUGCUGCGGAGCCUGCCGGAUGCGCUACGAGCCGAGAUCGCCAUCCACGUGCACCUGUCCACCUUGAAGCAGGUGCGCAUCUUCCAGGACUGUGAGGCUGGUCUGCUGGUGGAGCUGGUCCUCAAGCUGCGCCCACAGGUCUUCAGCCCUGGUGACUAUGUGUGUCGCAAGGGUGACGUGGGCCGCGAGAUGUACAUCGUCAAGGAAGGCAAGCUGGCUGUGGUGGCCGAUGACGGUGUCACUCGACUGGCCCUCCUCACGGCUGGCUGCUGCUUCGGUGAGAUCAGCAUCCUCAACAUCCGUGGCAGCAAGAUGGGCAACCGCCGCACUGCCAACAUCCGGAGUGUGGGCUACUCUGACCUGUUCUGCCUUUCCAAGGAGGACCUCAUGACCACCUUGGCUGAGUACCCCGAAGCCAAACGGCUCCUAGAGGAACGUGGGCGCGACCUGCUGCUCAAGGAGGGCCUCUUUGACCAGGAGGCUGCAGCAGCGGGCGGCGAGGCAGAGGCCUCCGACAAUCUGAGCGUGGACCAGAAGUUGGACCGGCUACAGGGCAGCCUGGAGACCAUGGACGCCCGCCUUGGCCGCCUCCUGGAAGAGCACCAGGCUGCCCAGAGGAGGCUCAAACGCCGCGUGGCUGCCCUUGAGGCACGGACCGCUCCUGCUCCAGGCCCAGGCGGGGGGCACCUCUCACUGGGCUCCCUCACCCCCUCAGAAACUGGGGAGGAAGAGGGAGGGGCCCAGGGGGAAACUGGGCCCUGAGGACACGAGGGCCACAACCACCAACUCCCUCCCCUUGCAAAAGAAAGACGGCACCAGGCUGGAGCACUAAAACCUGGUUUCGAGAAGCUCGGAGUCAACUGUGCCUUCUUCCUCAUCCUCUCCGCGCAAAACAUCCCACACCCACCUUUCUCUGCUUGGCUCAGACUCAACAUGCAGGGACCCCUCCCGCCUCCAUUCCUCCUAGAAUGGAAGAGGAAGAGCCACAUGGGGGCACUGUGCUCCAUAGAAAGGCCUGAGA